GAGUGGGUGGGGUGGGAGACGGGAUCCAAAUGGCACAACUUUUCUUGUACUCUAAAGAGCAAAUAAAUUGGCAUCGGGAAAAAGCCCUCACCUUGCAAAGCGUUUGGAUUGCUAGUGUCAUUUUCUGUUUUCUAUUAUCCUGCUAAACCUCCCCCCCAUCUCUACCAGCAUCCCCAUAUUGUGCGAUAUGACAGUUCCCUUUUGAUGGGAAGGCUUUCAUUUGGUCGAAGGGAAGGGGAAAAAAGAUAAUUUGCUCUUCUUUUUAAAAAGGAGUUAAUCCUUCUGGGCCAUUUCUGGCCUGGUGAAACAGCUUUUCUCUCUCCGCUCCCCCCGCCUUUCGAUUCCCUCCCCAUCUUGAACUGGAAGCUUCAGACACAAUGGGUAUCAUAACCACCUCAAAUCUACACUUGAGAUAGAGAAAUCAGAUUUCCUUCUAGAGUCAUUUCGGCCGGAUUAGCUAAAUCUUAGAUCCACACUAACCCUUCACAAAGCUGUCAAGAUUAGUUAGAAUGUAUUUUAUUCCAACAAGGGGGGUUUAUGGUUGUUGUUUUUUUCCUUUCCAAGAAGGAUUAUAUAGAUAUAUACGUAUAUAUUUAGGAGGUGCUUGGGUGUCAAGCAGCAAGCUUAGUUGGACAGAGGCGUAGGGCAAGGAGGCGGGGGGGGUAUACAUGUAUUUGGGUUGGCCUGGAAGCACACCAAAUAAAAAGGCAGGGAAGGUUUGAAUAAGACGCGUGGGCCACGCACAGAAGACAGUUUCUUAGUCCUCUUGGGCAACGGUCACUGUGGGGUUUGGUAAAAACGGGUUUCUUGGUUCUGCCAUUACAGAAUUAGGCCCUGUCCUGUAACGUAGAAGUGCUCCGGUUUCCAGACACCACUGAGGAUGUCUGGAGAGACUCCUUCAGACGGAGAUCUUGGGAAGAGUAGUAUCAAGAGAUCGUGCUCCUUCACCAUCGAGAACAUCCUUGCAGACCGAAGACCCCAGGUCCUUCUCCCGUUCUAUUUCCGAGGGGUCUUGGACUGUGAACCCAAAGCGCUCAGUGCCCUGGGGAGCAUUGCCGCCAGCUCGCUGCAAGACGAGGAGGAAGCUGACGAGGUGGAUGUUGGGCAAUGCAGUUGCUGUUGCUGCUCUCACAGCAGCGCUCCUUCGUGGCCGGAGACCCCCAACUGGUUCGCAGAUGCCAGGUUUCCCUGGCCCAUGCGGCUCUUCCAUCCCAUUGGCAGGCCGUGCAAGAACCCUCGUGGGAGUCAGAGCGAGCUGCAAACUUUUCACCAGAUCCAGCGACGGACCCGCCGACACCGGACUAUCUUCACUGAGGAUCAGCUCCAGGCCCUGGAGGCCCUCUUCCAUCAGAACCAGUAUCCCGAUGUCAUCACCCGAGAGCAUCUGGCCAACCGGAUCCAUCUGAAAGAGGAGAGAGUGGAGGUUUGGUUUAAAAAUCGUCGCGCCAAAUGGCGGCACCAGAAGAGAGCCUCGGCCUCAGCGCUCAUCCUUCAAGGCUCCAAGAAGCCAUCAGAGGGAAGCUGCUCCUGAAGAGGAGAGUCCUUUGACUGGGCUAACCUUAGCAGCCCUUUUCUUUCUGUGUAUAAUUUUGGAUUAGAAUUAGAGGGGGAGAAAAAAGAAGAGAGAUGCCUUUCCAAUUCCAGGGCCUUUUCAUGCAACACAGUGAUUCCACUUGAACACUUCUGGCUAGUGUAGUCUCUGGAGAUUUGUAGUUUGUGGAGGCACUUGGGGCACUUAAUGGCUGGGAAUACUCAAGGCUCCUCCCUGAACUGCGAAUCUCAGGAGUCCGCAAGGAUGGAACCAUACCAGUUAAAGCAGAAUCGUAGUGCUGCAACAACAUCUUUUUAAAGGCUUUAAAUGUCAGGGGAGGGAGUAAUAAACAUUGUAUUGCG